GCAACAUCAGUCAGCAGGUGAAGGGGCAGGAAGAAGCCUUGGGGCUGCGACUGAUCAUUGGUGCACAAACCAUCAUGGUGCCCACGGUCUACGAUCCAUCGGAGCUGCGUUCAGAUGUGAAUGGCAAAGUGGUACGCUACUUGCAUGAUGAGGGAACUGAGAUUGCGAAAGGCCGU